AAGUGGGGAGUGAUUGUCAACGGAAACUCUCGGGGGUUGUCAGAUGAAGAUGGUACGUGGCAGCCUGGCACAACGUAUCAAGUGGUACUGAAAAAGCUUAGCGAAUCGUUGUAUGUGUACGUUGACAAUAAUGAGCUUAUUCAGGAGGAUGUUGCACCCUUUGAGUACACCCCACGCGGUGUCUUGGACUUCUACGUUGGCGGCGACAGUGCGAAGGGGACAGGCGAGGUUGACGUGACGGUGGGCAAUGUCCUGCUGUACAACGAGGCACUGGGUGAUAAUAGGCUCACGAGCCUCAGUGUCAGCAAAGUCACACUUCCAACACCGGCUGCUGAGGGGCCACUCACAACGCUGGGGAAUGAUGGGGAGAUUGCCUCCAAGAUGAAACCUGGAGAAAAGAGGGUUGGUGACGGUUUGAAUCCUAAAGGACCUCUACCAGAGGAGGCCCAUAAAGGCAAUCACAGUGCUGCUGAGGAGUCUGGGUCUUCGCCGGCUUCAUCAUCGCCGGCUUUGUCAUCACCGGCUUCGUCAUCGCCAAGGGUGCGCCUGGCUGAUGGACCCGACGAUGGCAGCAUGGCUGACGGUGGAUCCGAAAACACCAGCGCGAUUCUUGCGAAGGACGCACCCAGCAUUUCUCUUUCUGGUGACAGCUCCGUUGCUUUCGACAACCUUACACGUGUGAGGCCCCAUUCCGUAAGGGGUGACGGCACGAUGCGUGGGUGUGUGUCUCGGCUGCUUCUGCUGCUAUUGGGGCUAUGGGGCUUUGCGGCCCUGUGCUGA